AUGUCUCGAGAAUCCUUUAUUAGCGCUACUAGAAAUAUUCUGAAAAGUAAUUCUGCUACCUUAUGGGAUUGUGGCUCAAAGGUAGACACCCAUGAAAAUCUUGUUCACGCGAUUGAUGCCCUUCUUGCAACCAAUGUAGCCAAUAUCUGUACAAAUGAGCAAGAAUGUUUAGAGUUGUUGAUACUUGGGUGUAAAGCAAUAAAUACCCUAAGCGAACAACUCAUUUCGAAAUUCAGUAAACUCCUCUUUAGUAUAUUUAAUAAACAGCAGUUUAAUUUUAAUUCAAAUACUUUAAGAGAAUCUCUGGAAGUCCUAUUAUCUUUUUUGAUUGAUGCUUAUUCAUCAUGUGCCUACACCUCAACAAAAGUAGACAUCCUAAGGGCUCUUAGCAAGGUCCUUUAUGAGAAUGGAAACCAAUGUGAAAAGUUUCAUGUUCGACUUCUCAACACCUUGAUCUCGCUUGCACAACCUGAUAAUCCUCAGCUAGAAAUACGCCGUAUGGCUAUCAAUUGUCUGGGAAAUUUAAGCGCUCGCACCGGAAAUAAGUUAAAUGGAAAAUAUCGUAGCAUUUAUGAUGUUUUAUUUGCUAAUCUAAAUGCGGGCAUUACCGAGUCGGAUGAAAUCGCUUC